AGUGUAGAAAAAAAAAAGAACGAUGGAAAGCCAAGAGGCCAAUAGCGUUUGCCCAAUUGGCACCCCAAACCUCACCGCAUAAUAAGCCCAAUCGCGAUUCGACGUUUUAACGCCGCGGGAAACACUCCGCCUCCCUCAAAUGCGCGUAAUAAGAUUCCCUCUUUUCUCUUUCUCUCUGCCCUCUCUUUUUCUCUCCCUAGAAUUCAGCUCCCAUUUCAAACACCUUCGUUAUCCCUUACCGGAUUCUGUCCUCCAUUGGAUUUCAUUUUCUUGUUUUGGUGCUCUUCAACGCGAACCAAAUCAGCUCGUUCCCGGGGCCAGCGAUGGCGGCUUACGAGCACGAAUCGGAUGUAAUUCAGUGGGGAUUAAGCCUUUUGGAAGCGAGUCCACCCUAUUAUUCCGGGUACUAUGGCGGCGAUGUAAUUCAAAACGACCAUUCAACCUAUCAUCCUCAAAACCAUCACGACGGCGGGCCUUAUGUUGCAGAUCAUUACGACAUUACGGACAACACUCAUGUAGAGAACGACGAGAUCAUCGCCCGCACCCUUCAGGAAGAUUUCUCCCAUCUCGCCGUCACCAACGAAUCGUCUGGCUAUUCCCACCAAGAAGAAGAAGAAGAAGAAGAAGAAGAAGAAGAAGAAGAAGAAGAAGUACAACAAGACUAUUAUCGGCGCCCUUCCUAUUAUGCCGCCAGCGGAUGGCCUACUAAUACCUCCGGUAGCAAUGAGGAAUCUGAUGAUAUGGGUUCGUCGAGUUCCUGCUCCAGCCCUAGUUAUGAGGACAAACAAUCUUAUUCGUCGGAAUUGACUGACGAUUAUGGAUUGGAUGAUGAAGUGGGCAAGAAGUUGAAUCAAUUGAUCCCUAUCCGCCAUGUUCCUAAAAUCAACGGAGAAAUACCUUCUCUUGAUGAAGUAACCUCGGAUCAUGAAAGGCUUCUGAAUAGAUUGCAAGCAUUUGGCUUUAUUGAGGUUAAGGUUCAAGGAGAUGGCAACUGUCAGUUUCGAGCUUUAUCAGAUCAAUUGUGUGGGACGCCAGAUCGCCACAAAAGUGUUAGAAGAGAGAUUGUAAACCAGCUAAAAGCUAACCCAGAGAUGUAUGAAGGAUAUGUUCCCAUGACGUAUAGGGAAUAUUUGAAGAACAUGUCCAGGUCUGGUGAAUGGGGUGAUCAUGUCACGUUGCAGGCCGCAGCUGAUUCUUAUGGUGUAAGAGUACUUGUCAUGACUUCAUUCAAAGAUACUUACUACAUAGAGAUUAUUCCUCAAAAACAGAAGCCAAAAGGAGUGAUCUUGUUGAGUUUCUGGGCAGAAGUACAUUACAACUCAAUCUACUUUCAGGGAGAUUCAGAUACGGUCUCCCCAGAACCUAAUAAGAAGAAGAAACGAAGGUGGAUAUUUGGCAAGAAACACUAGAGUAGACAGUAGCGGCGGCAUUAAACAAAGAUUACGGAAUAACAAGAGCCUUUGCGUGCUCUGGUACCAGAAUAUUCUUCAGUUACAGAUAGUCUGUCUUCCCCUUUUGUAUCCUUCAGUUCAUUAUUAGUGUGGCAUGGGCCUUCUUAAUUCUUCUUCUUCUUCUUCUUCUUCUUCUAAAGUGUCAUCAUGUCUAACGGGGCGGCUGCGUACUUUUCUGUUUCUUUUCCAUGUAAUAAUGAAUUAGAACAAAGGAAGUCGGGGGAGGGGAAACGAACAAACGACUAGCACAGAGCCACAGACAGGUAGUUCAUAAAUAAUUAAUAAUAAUGUAUGAUCCUGCAAAUGGUGGGUCCAACUUUCCAAAAUCUUGGUACUCGAAGCAAACAUGUUCCAUUGACUCGAUGAACAGCCAGCGCAGCGAGAUCUCUAAUUCUCCAUCUCCCCUGUGGCUUUUCCAUUCCUAGCAUGAAAACUAAAAAGGAUUUACAGACAGACAGGCAGACAGGCACUAGGGAGAAGAGAAAAAGACCGCAGUUAUGCCUCUUGUUCCUUGCUCUCUCCAUGUCCAUGACCCUGUUCCUGCUGACGCCGUCCUUCACCGGGACCGGGGGGCAGUGGCUGUAGCAAAAGAGCGGUGAAAGGCAUGCUUCGGUACUCCAAGCCGAGACGGCAGCUAGGAGGCGGCGUGAAGACAGGGCAGGAGAUGGACGGCGGAGAAGCGGUCACCGGGGCGGAGGAAGAGAUGGGGGCGGCCGGUACGGUCCCGGUGCCAGUAGUGGCUAUGAUGGAGGGCUCUGCCUGGUGGAGCAGCCACUCAAUGGUCUCGCCGUCGGAGCGGUGGCCGAGUUCUUUGGUUAGCUGGAAGAUACGAGCAGCGCAGAGCGCCGGCAACCGCACCCGCCUUCCCCUGCCGUAGACCUUGCUGUGUCGGUCCCCGGAUGAAGACCUUCGACGGGGGCGGCCAACUGCGACUUGAGAUUCGGCGGGGGCUGGGGGGAGGGAAUGCAAGUUGAGAUUCUGCUGCUGCUGGUAUUGCGCGGCGGCGCCGUUGUGGAUAACGAUAUCAGAAGGAGAGGCCAUGGUUAGGGUUGCUCUUUUUUCUAGACUUCGGCUGCGGCUGCGGGGAAAGAUCAGAGAGAGCUGGGGAAGAGAAGGGAAGGGAAGGGCAAGUGACCCUACAGCGCUAGGAGGGGUCCUUUUUAGCCUGCAGCUGGGGCCCCUGUAUACGUGGAUUAUAGGCCUUUCCCCAAAUACACAUAAAAUUAAAAACAAUUCCUAAUGUACCG